AUGGACGACGACGACGACGACGAGGAGGAAGAGGUCUUCAAUCCCAUCGAACGGUUUCAACAAAGUCGAGAAAAAGAAGAAACAUCGAAAGCGUCGGGGUCGUCUCAUCAAUCUCAUCAGUCGUCGUCUGAUGAGAAAAAAGGAGUGAAGAAGUUGAAAUUCGUGAUUCGACCAAAAGAGGAAAAAACAGCAGCAGCAACGGGUGCGACUGAUGAUGAGAAAGAGGAAGGAAAAGGAAGAUCUACGGUUCAAUCGACGAGGGAAAUGUUCGAGAAGUUUUCUUUGAAACCACCGCCCGGGUUUUCCUCAAACAAAGCGACGACUCCUUUUUCUUCUUCUUCGUCAAAGAAAAAGGAAAAAAAAGAAGAAAAAGAAGAAAAAGUCGAAGAGGAAAGAAACGAAGGUUGGCUCACGCACGGGAACGACGCGUGGCAGGAAACGAGAGGACACGAGGAAGAGAGCGAACGAGAGGAAAAGUACGUGGAUGAGCUGACGCACACGGCAAAGAAGAAAUACGGGAAAUACGCGUUCGUGGAAGAAGCGAGUUCGCCGAGCGGGAUAUUGAGCGAUUUACAGGUCGCGGAACCGCUCGAGUUUGAUUCCGUAAAGACGAAAGAAAGAACAAACAAGUCAGACAGUAGUAGUAACAGAAACAACAAUAACAACAACAACAAAAGAAAAGAAGAAGAAGUAGACGUGUCGGAGUCGUGUUUACUCGAAUCGUCCAUGGAGAACGACCCGUUUAAAAUCGACGACGAGUUCGACGACGUUCGAAAACUAGAAAUUAGAAAUGCGAACAGAGCUCGCUCCCCCCCGAACGAAGAUCAAGUCGCGCACGCGAGGGUACUCGUGCAAUCUGGGAUUGUAAAAUUUAAUUUGAACGAUUUACGCGGCGCUUUGUGCGAUUUCCAAAACGCGUGCGUUCUUUUGCGCGAUAAUUACCACUCGGGAGAUAUCGCGUUCGCAAAGGCAAAGACGCACUUAGUCGCGGCGUUUUUGAUUUUAAAGUGCGAAGAGAACAAAGGAAACGUAGAUUUGUGCGCGAAACUCGCUCGCACGUUAGCAACGGUCACGUACAUGGCAGACGAGAGCGUAUUUGGCGGGUUUAGUCAACAGUUUCUGCUCAGUCCGAAACUGAUUUGUCGGUGUUUGCGAUUCGCCUCGGCGAAGAAUUUCCACGCCAAAUAUUACCUAGCGGCGAAGGAGUACUUGGAAAUCCUUCUGAAACCGUUCUUCUGCGCAGAUCCCAACACGGAAGCGGCGUUGAAUGGCAUGAAGACGCAGUGCGAAAACGCAGAAAAACAGCAGCACGGAACGACGAGAAAAGUAGACGAGAUGGAAAGUCAAAAGCGCGCGCGCGAUAUCAUCGACGAGCUUUUCGAGGCAGCGCGCGGUGGCUAG